CAGGAGUCCUUUGCUAAACUGUGAUCAAAGAUCCUCUAUACAAAAAGUGUGCCCUGCUGUUUUUGUUAAGCUAGUGCAGUAACGCUAAUCAAAGAUCCUCUAUAUCGCAGGAGCUAGUGGACAAAUGCAAGUGAUGUUGGAGCGGGGGUCACCUUGUCCAUGUUGAGGAGAGGGAAGAGCUCCUGGACCUUCUCUGGUCCGAUCAUGGACUGCUCCGUCACGUGCCAGUGGGUGCGGGUCAUCUGGUACCUCAUCUCGUCCACCCGGGCCGCCGUGGAAGCGAUGCGGACGCUGCCCGGCUGGUGGAAGCCCACCGCCUGUGGGCACAAGCACGCCACAGUUGUCCUUCAGGCGGAGCCCGAAUGUGUCCUUCAGGACCUCACCUGUCCAGUCUCGGCCUCCAGGCUCUCGUAGAGCUUAAUGCUGUCAUAGUGGACUUUCUUCAGGUUGAUGCCUGGAUGGUAGUAGGUGGUCAGGCCGGCCUGGGACACAGAGAGGGUUUAACUGAGGGGUGUGCAGGGACGGUAACAGAAGACCGCCGCCGCCGUCCGCCUAAAAAUAGCCUAGAAACAUACUGCAUGCCACGUGGAUCCGGCCGUCAGUUCCGACUUCUCCAGCAGCACCACGUCCUUCAUGCCGGCCUUAGCCAGGUGGUAGGCCAAGCUGGCGCCCACGCACCCUCCCCCGAUGACCACAGUCUCAGCCGUGUCCUUCCACCGCUUGCCCAACACGGACCAUGCCUCACUGACGGGAUGAUAAUUAGCAUAGCCAACGAUGAUGUCAAUCAAACACAUGGAUUGGUUGGAAAUGCGGAUUUUGUUUAGGGAAUUUAGGGACAUGUUUAGACGUCACAGUGGUCUACUUCUUCCCUUUGUUAGCAUUAUCUUAUUCAUUGGUCAUUCAAUCUGGAGUUCUUUAUUUGGACUAAUUUCUUUCUUUUUUUUUUCUUAUUUUACAUUUUAGAGUCCAUGAAAUCUGCUUAAAUAUGUUACAUAUUGUUUGUCGUUAGGUUCUACAUUGUUUGAGUUUUGAAAGCUAACACUAGACAUUUACACCUGAUGACAAACAAGCGCUCUCAUUCAGCCUCAACUCCAGAAGGGACGCCAUGACGGUACGGUCACUCAGGCAAACCAACAUGGCGAGGCCGCCGCCCCCCCCUGAAGGGAACAUUGAAACAAGACAGGAAAAGUGAGCAUGACGCAUCCUGCCUUUGAUGAAGGGAACGCCUCUAGAUGGAUAGCUUCUGUCAAAAAUGUAACAAAUACCAACACAGGCUUCGCUACACAUCCUAAAAUGAGGCAUAAACAAUAAAGCACAUGAAGAGAGUGGAGUCCAUGUUGGCAUGAAGUCAAUGGAAGGAAUACGCUGCAGGGGUGAGAUGCAGCACAGGCGCCUGCAUAGAUCCCUUCCAGGACUCCCGUUAGGACCAGGAAGAAGACGAAAAAGCAGAAGCAUGGCACCAGCAGGAAGCAAGAAGGGCAUCCUGGAGCGUCUGGACGCCGGCGAGGUGGUGAUCGGAGACGGAGGCUUCGUCUUUGCCCUGGAGAAGAGAGGCUACGUGAAGGCAGGGCCAUGGACGCCUGAGGCCGCCGCCGAGCACCCGGAAGCGGUGCGCCAGCUGCACCGUGAGUUCCUCAGGGCCGGAUCCAACGUCAUGCAGACGUUCACCUUCUACGCCAGCGACGACAAGCUGGAGAACAGAGGACACACUCAGAGCUUCACCGGGCAGCAGAUCAACGAAGCGGCGUGUGACCUGGCGAGGGAGGUGGCCAACGAGGGCGACGCCUUGGUGGCCGGGGGCGUGUCCCAGACGCCGUCUUACCUGAGCUGCAAGAGCCAGGACGACGUCAAGGCCACGUUCAAGAAGCAGCUGGACGUCUUCAUCCAGAAAGAGGUGGACUUCCUGAUCGCUGAGUACUUUGAGCACGUGGAAGAGGCCGAGUGGGCGGUGCAGGUCUUGAAAACCACCGGCAAGCCCGUGGCCGCCACGUUGUGCAUUGGACCCCAGGGAGACUUAAACGGAGUCAGCCCGGGACAGUGCGCCGUCCGACUUGUGCAAGCUGGCGCUGACAUUGUGGGCGUCAACUGCCACUUUGACCCGGAGACGUGCGUGAGAACAGUGAAGAUGAUGAAGGAGGGCGUGGAGAAGGCCGGCUUGAAGGCCCACUACAUGAGCCAGCCGCUCGCCUUCCACACGCCCGACUGCAACCGCCAGGGGUUCAUCGACCUUCCCGAGUUCCCCUUCAGUCUUGAGCCGAGGAUCCUGACCAGAUGGGACAUGCAGAAGUACGCACGAGAAGCGUACAACGCCGGAAUACGUUACAUUGGCGGAUGCUGUGGUUUCGAGCCGUAUCAUGUCCGUGCCCUGGCGGAGGAGCUGGCCACCGAGAGGGGCUUCCUGCCGGCCGGCUCCGACAAGCAUGGCCUGUGGGGGAGCGGCCUGGAGAUGCACACCAAGCCCUGGUGCAGAGCAAGGGCCCGCCGGGACUACUGGGAGAAGCUCAAGCCUGCAUCCGGUCGCCCCCUGUGCCCCUCCAUGUCCACGCCUGAUGGCUGGGGGGUCACCAAGGGCCACGCCGACCUCAUGCAGCAGAAGGAGGCCACCAGCAAGGAUCAGCUGCAGGCUCUGUUCCAGAAAGCCGACAAAGGCCAGUGAGGCCACAACAUUGACACAUGAAUGAAGUUUAUCUCUUAUAGAACCAUUUUAUCACAUCAAAGCAUACAAUAAAAAAAGAAUAGAAAAAAAAGUUGAAAAGUGACAAAUAGCAACAUUUCUAGCAAUAAAUGUACACUUUCACCUGACAACAAAACCAAAUGUG